GCCUGAGCGGCGUGAGGAGCGCGCAGGCAGCGCGCGGGACAGCCCCGCCCGCUCCCGGCAUCCCGCGCGCGGCCCGGGGGCCUCGGAGCACGGCGGAACCAUGCCCAAGUCCAAGCGGGACCGUAAAGUGUCCCUGACGCAGACAGCCCGCAAGGGGCUGCAGGCCAAGCAGGCGCUGAUCGCCGAGCUGCGGCGCUGUGUGGACACCUACAAGUACAUCUUCGUCUUCUCCGUGGCCAACAUGAGGAACAACAAGCUGAAGGACGUGCGGAACGCCUGGAAGCACAGCAGGAUCUUCUUCGGGAAGAACAAGGUGAUGAUGGUGGCGCUGGGCCGGGAGCCGAGCAGCGAGUACAAGGAGAACCUGCACAAGGUCAGCAAACACCUGAGAGGGGAGGUCGGGCUGCUCUUCACCAACCGCACCAGGGACGAGGUGGAUGAGUGGUUCUCCAGGUUCCGGGAGCUGGACUUUGCCCGUGCUGGGAACAAGGCGCCGUACGGGGUGAGCCUGGACACGGGGCCCCUGGAGCAGUUCCCCCACUCCAUGGAGCCGCAGCUGCGGCAGCUGGGGCUGCCCACAGCGCUCAAGAAAGGAGUGGUGACGCUGCUUUCGGAUUACGAAGUGUGCAAGGAAGGGGAUGUUCUCACCCCAGAGCAGGCCCGUGUGCUGAAACUCUUUGGCUAUGAGAUGGCAGAGUUUAAAGUCACCAUGAAGUUUCUGUGGAAUUCUGAGACAGGAGACUUCCAGAAGCUCGUGGGAGACACAGCAGAGGAGAAAGAGGAGGAGGAUGAUGAUGAUGAUGAUGAUGAUGAUGGUGGAAGCAAUGAGGACUAACAGCUUGGACACCAGACAAGUGUCCAAGACAUUUUAGGGACAAAAAGAGGAGGAUAUUUCCCUUCCCUGGGUACACCUGGACUGGGAUGAUCUUUAUAUAAAAUGAGCUAUGUGUUUUUUUUAUAUUUAUAUAAAUAUCUGUGUGAAACUGCA